UACUUUGUCAACCUCACCGUCGGCACACCCCCUCAACCCCAGACUGUAAUUAUCGACACUGGAAGCAGCGACACUAUAUUCCUGGCUGCGGAUGCGCCUGCCUGUCAAGCGCAAAAAUCAAAGUCAAAAUGUCCUGGCGGGUCAUACAACUCAUCAGCCUCGUCUACUUUCCAAACGCUCUCUCCAGGCGCUAUAGACGCAGGUUAUGGUGAAAAUGCCACCGCCACUUCCAACCAAGGUGGCUACGUUGCAGACCUUGUGACCGACAUGAUUCAGAUCGGCGAUAUCGUUGUGACUGGUGCUCACUUCGGACUCGCACAUGAAGUCGAAGGCAACUUUCUGGGCAAUGGCCUUUACACCGGCAUAAUGGGCCUCAAUUAUCCAGCUCUCGAGGCGGUCGAGGAAGGUCAACCAAAGUAUCCCACUUUUGUUGAAUCACUGGUCGGUGCCAAAGCCAUCGCUUCCCGUCUCUACAGUCUCUACCUCAACGAGCUCAGCAGUUAUGGUUCAAUCCUGUUCGGUGGUGUCGAUACCGAGAAGUAUAUCGGCAACCUCACGACGCUGAACCUCUUGCCAUCGGGACUUGAAGAUAAGAAAGUCCAGCUAUUUCCUUUGCGUAUGGAACAAGUUUCCAUCACCCACGAGGAUGGCACAGAAGAGACUAUCGUUGCACCCAACGAAUUUGACAAAGCCAUCUUGCCAGAUUCUGGAACUGCCACUUGGAACGUUCCCUCAGACACUUACAACAAGAUAGUCAACAUGACUGGUGUCACAAUGUCAGGAUCCAAUGCAGUGUUGCCCUGCAGCAAGAUCUCCAACAAAACAUCCCUCACACUCACAUUCUCUGGCAACGGGACCAACAAAGCUCAACUAGAAGUCCCGCUCACUUCCUUCUUCAUCCCCGCAACACUUGCCGACGGCUCCGGCAUUGCAAAAGUUGACGGGGAAGACGCAUGUCUCCUGAUGGUCAAAGAAGCUGCUCCAAACUCCAGCAUAUAUCUCAUGGGCGAUCCCGUAAUGCGUGCUGGCUACUGGGUUUUCGAUCUCGACAAUGGACAAGUGUCUAUCGCGCAAGCACGUCUGUCAUCUACAACUUCCAACAUCGUUGCCAUUGAAGCUGGUCCUCAUGGUGUCAUGAAUGCGACUGAUCAGCCGAGUGAGCUUGGUGCCAAUUCGACUGCCAAGAUCGAUGGGACAGCUACUGCUUCGGUCAGCUAUACGUUGUCGACAGCUGCUGGUGCAGUGGGACAGACCGCGGGCCCACAAUCUACGACCCUGAGU